AGUAUGUUCAAGGCUUCACGGUGUGACGUUGGGGGGUGGGGGUUGGGGUUGCCCGCUUUGCCUCUGUCGCAGCUGGGUGUGGUCACGACCGAGUGGGGCAACGUGGAGGGUCGUCGCGUCUCCACGGGCCUUCUCUCCUCCGUCGACGUCUUCAAGGGAAUCCCUUUCGCUGCUCCGCCGCGCCCCUUCAGCAAACCCGAGCCUCACCCGGGAUGGGGCGGUACCCUGAAGGCCUACGACUACCGCGAGCGCUGCCUGCAGGCGACCGCGAUCGAGACGGGCAGGCACGGGUCUGAGGACUGCCUCUACCUCAACGUCUGGGUGCCGCACGGCGUCAAAGUGUCAAGGAACCUGCCCGUGAUGGUGUGGAUCUACGGGGGCGCGUUCAUCUUCGGCUCGAGCCAAGGCGCCAGCUUCCUCGACAACUUCCUCUACGACGGACAGGAGCUGGCGGACCGCGGCAAGGUCAUCGUGGUGACCUUCAACUACCGUCUGGGGCCCUUGGGCUUCCUCAGCACGGGCGACGAGCACGGGCCUGGUAACUACGGACUCUGGGAUCAGCACGCCGCCAUCAAGUGGGUGAAGAGGAACAUCUUCGCGUUCGGAGGAGACCCCGACAACAUCACCCUCUUCGGAGAGUCCGCGGGGGGCGCCAGCGUCUCCCUGCAGAUGCUGUCUCCGGUCAACAAUGGCUUCAUCCGUCGCGCCAUCAGUCAGAGUGGGUCGGCCCUCGCUUCCUGGGCCAUUCAGAGGGACCCGCUAACCUGGGCCAUCAAGGUGGCGGAGGUGGUCGGCUGCCCGACGGACGACUCAGCUCGCCUCAUGGGCUGCCUGCGCAUCAGCAACCCCGUGGACGUGAUUAACGCCGUAACAGUCGCCCUGCCCCCCACCAUGGGUCCCUUGGUGAACUCUCUCACAUGGAGCCCCGUUGUGGACGGCGACUUUCUGCCCGAGGAGCCGUACCUCCUCGUGGGCAACGCGGCGCGGAUCGACUACAUGGCGGGCGUCAACAACAUGGACGGACACAUCUUCGCAGGCUUCGACCUGCCGGCCAUCAACAUGAAGGGCAAGACCACCAGGAAGGACAUCUACGAAUUGGCCAUGGGCUUAGUGAAGGGCCACCGUGACGUGGGCAUGGAGGUGUCGAACAUCUACUCGCGCGACCAGCAGGUGGCCGACUACUCGGAGGAGGCGGCGCGCGCCUUCGUGGAACUCGAGACCGACUUCCUCUUCAUCGUGCCCUGCCAGCGCCUCCUGCGGAUGCACUCGCAGCACUCCACUGGUGCCCGUACAUACUCGUACCAGCUGUCCCACCCGAGCCGCAUGCCCUUCAUCUACCCCAACUGGGUGGGCGCCGACCACGCGGACGACCUGCAGUACGUGUUCGGGAAGCCCUUCCAGACGCCGCUGGGCUACCGGCCGAAGGAUCGCGACGUCUCCGCUGCCUUCAUCGCCUACUGGAGCAACUUCGCCAAGACCGGGGACCCGAAUGACGGGGGCAAGGCGGUGCCCACGCACUGGCCGGUCUACGACCCGAGCACGGAGCAGUACCUGGAUAUCACCAGCAACAUCGACUACAGCUCCGUCAAGCGUCACCUGCGCGGUGACUACAUGGACUUCUGGAUCGACGUCAACUCGAGAUACCACGAUCUGGGCACCGAGGGCCCGUCUCAACCCGCGACCGAGCCUCGCACAUCCACGGAAGCCUGAUCCGCGUCCGCGGACACACGCGCGCGGACACGCUCACACGGGACACACACGCGCACGGUACACAAACACACGGGACACACACACACGGUAAGCACACUCACACGGUUACAUGCACGCACACGUGGGACACAC